GAAAGGCUGGAGAAAGGGUCCAGCCCAUUCUGAGUCGGAGCACUGUGGCAUCUAUUGUCAGGCUUUUUCGGAAUGAGAACAGAAUCCACACAUUGCCACACACUGGUGGCAGAGGAAAGAUAUUUAGUAUUGAACAGGAGUCUGCCAUUGUAGAUAUGGUAGUGGCAAACAAUGCAAUCAGACUGCGUGAAAUCCAGGCAGCAGUAAUUGCAGAUCAGGGAGCAUUUAGGAAUAUAAACAGUGUGAGUUUGGCAACUAUAGAUCGAGUCCUUAAACGAAACCAUGUCAGAAUGAAGCAGCUGUACAGAGUUCCAUUUCAAAGAAACUCUGACAUCGUAAAGGAGGCACGAUUCCAGUAUGUGCAGAGAAUAAUGGAGCUUGAAGCUGAAGGGGCACAUCACAAAUUCAUUUUUGUGGAUGAAGCCGGCUUCAACCUCUGUAAAGUGAGGCGACGCGGGAGGAACAUCAUUGGGCAGAGGGCCACUGUCACAGUGCCGGGUCAGAGGGGUGCCAAUAUCACCAUGUGUGCUGCCAUCUCCAAUGAUGGAGUCCUUUGCCACAUACCAACUAUUGGCCCAUACAAUACAGAACGCCUCAUCACAUUUCUUGAUGCAUUGAAAGACUUACUGAUUCCACCCGAAGAGAGAGGGCUGUUGAGGCCUGGCAUGACUCUGUAUGUCAUAAUUUGGGACAAUGUGGCUUUCCACCACUCUCGCCUUGUGAAUGAAUGGUUUGCAGCACAGCCUCGUAUUAUGAUACAAUUCCUCCCUGCAUACUCGCCUUUUCUGAACCCAAUCGAGGAGUUCUUCUCUGCUGGAGGUGGAGGUGGAAGGGUUAGGCCACAUGUUUUCAUCACCAUCACAUCUGAUAUUAUCCAAGGUGUUGCACCUGGGAUAAAACUGCUUGGUAUGUCGGAUACACCCUUGGCAAUCAUAUACUGUGAUGUCCCUGCAGCCAGCAUCCAUGGCCUCAAGGAGGGACAUCCGGUCAUGUGGCUGAUGGUCAUAAACCUUCCACCUCCAUGCAGAAAAUAA